AAAAUUGCACCGGUCAGACGAGUAGUUAACUACCUGGUUGUGACGUCACGACACAGGUAGAAUAAGGAGGGAGUGUGACGCACGUGAAAACUCCGAGAAUCCGCCAUUCAUCCUCUCUGCGUUAACCCUUUACCUCCGAGCGCAUGCCCAGUGACAAAAUAGCUACAGGUGAUUGCACUUGACAGAAAAGUGACCGAAGAAUCGAAUCGAGCAUCUUUCAUCCUAACGUAAAGGACAAGAAUGGAGAAAGAAAAGAAUUGUUCAGUAGAGGAAGAAAAUUGCGAAGAAGAAAUACCCAAUCGAGGACAUUGGGGAGGAAGAUUCGAUUUUAUUUUAGCUUGUUUAGGAACUGCAGUGGGUUUAGGAAAUGUCUGGCGAUUUCCUUAUUUAACGUAUAAAAACGGAGGCGGUGCUUUCGUCGUGCCUUACAUCAUCAUGGUCUUUGUCAUAGGUUUACCCGUCUUUUUGGUCGAACUGACCCUCGGUCAAUAUAGUGCAUUUGGACCACUUAAACUUUUUCAAAAUAUUUCGCCGUUAUUUAAAGGUAUCGGAUAUGCUAUGAUUAUAGCAGCAGCAUUGGUCGCCAUUUACUAUAAUAUGAUUAUAGCUUAUACAAUAAAUUAUCUGUUUGAUUCAUUCCGAAGCGAUAUGCAAUGGCAAUAUUGUCAUCACGACUUCAACACUGAAAAUUGUUUUAACGAUUUGGAUUAUAAGUCCUGCAAAAGUAAUGACAAUUCCAGUGUCUUCUUCAAUCGAACCUGUUUCAAUGGAACGUAUGCUGCUUUAAUGAAUAUCACCGAGGCAAACGAAACUUUAAGAGUGGCUCCUGCUCAAGAAUAUCUUAAUAACUAUAUUUUGGAUCGAUCAGAAGGAAUUGAAAAUAUGGGAUACAUUAAAUGGCAAUUGCUGGUCAGCUUGCUUGUUGCUUGGAUUAUUGUUGUAAUUUGUCUCAUUAAGGGAAUUAAAACAUCAGGAAAAGUUGUAUACUUCACUGCAACAUUCCCGUAUGUUAUAUUGAUCAUCUUAUUCAUAAGAGGCAUUACAUUAGAAGGAGCAGUUGACGGAAUUAUCUUUUUCAUAAAGCCUGAUUUUCAAAAACUAGGUGAUAUUCAGUUNGCCGCUAUUCAAGUUUUCUAUUCAUUUAGUAUAGCUGGAGGCGGAAUGAUAACUUACGCCAGUUACAACAAAUUUAAUAAUAAUUUAAUUAAAGACGUACUUAUUAUAGGUUUCGGUGAUAUGUUGACGAGUCUGUUUAGUGGUUUUGUAGUAUUUUCCAUGAUUGGUUUUAUGGCAAAACAAUUAGGAAAAAAUGUGGAUUCAGUUGUCCAAUCGGGAACGGGAUUGGCUUUUAUUGUUUAUCCGGAUGGAAUAACAAGAAUGCCUGUUUCCACAUUAUGGGCAAUUCUGUUUUUCUUUAUGCUGUUUCUUUUAGGAAUUGAUAGUCAGUUUGCUAUGGUUGAAACAAUUAUUACUUUUAUGUUUGAUCAAUUUCCAAAAACAAGAACCAGAAAGCCUUUAGUUGUUAUUGGAAUUGGAAUAGUACUUUUCUUAUUAGGACUACCUCUUACUACUCAAGGGGGCAAUUACUUACUAGAAAUAAUGGAUAAUUAUGCUGCUGGUUGGCCGUAUCUACUAAUUGGAUUGAUGGAAUGUCUUGUAGUAUCUUAUGUUUAUGGUGUUGGUAGAUUUAUGAAUGAUUUGAAAGAAAUGACCGGUUGGAAUCCAAACGAAUGGAUCAGAAGUCAUCUUAUUGUCGUUCUAAUGACAUUUGCACCUAUCGUCAUUGCAUUAUUAUUACUGCUGAGCUGGAUAAAUCAGAAACCAUUAACAUUGGAAGAUUACAAAUUUCCUAUGUGGGGUAAUGGUAUUGGCUGGGCAAUGGCAAUAGUACCAAUCAGCUGUAUACCUCUGGGGAUUAUCCAUGAAUUAGUCAAAAGAGCAAGAAGAGGAAGUUUUAUAUCGGUAAAUUUUUCUUUUUAUUUAUUAUUUCUUUAGAAUUAUUUAUCUUAACGACAAAUAUAGUACAAGAUGGGCAAAAAGUCCGUAAAAACUUUAAACAUUCAUAAAAAAAUGAAAGAUUUAUCAGAAUGAAAUGCGGUUUACGUGGUGUCAUCAGCACGGAGAAGGAAAAGAUUAAUUCCAAAAAUCAACGAUAAGUGGCGUUGACAUACAAAAGAAAUGAAAACAAGAAUGAAAGUGACUUUCAAUGGGUUCAUUAGACAAGUGUUCGACAUGGA